CGCCGUGCUGAGACUCUUCCACCACCUUGACGAUCUCCUUCGCUCUCGCCUUCACCGCCAUGGCGCCUCCGACACCCCGCAGCGCGCUACACGCAGGUGGGCCGUGCUGCUCAAAAGGCGCGCCCGUGGUGCCGGUGGCGGAGCGGCUGUCGAAGAAGUUCCUCAAGGCCUGGGCGCAGAAUCCGCCGCCGCGGCCGGAACCUGACGCCUGGCCACCAGCGGGGAAGUCCACCAACUGCCAUGCGCCAGGUUGGCACCGCGAGGUGCACCGCACCCGGGGCGCGGAGCACCUGGCCGAGCUCCGCGCGGCGGAGCUCACGCAGCGCGUCUACGGGGAACGACCGCCGUGGCGGGCCAUCGUGGAGGAGUCUGCGGAGGAGCAUGCGGUGAGCGAUGAAACACUAAGGUUCGUGCGGCUCUUCCUCUCCCGCGCCCGCGGACAGGGAGCCCACAGGAUGCCGAAGCUCCUCGAAGACCUGCGAAGGGCAGCGGACCCGAGGAGUGGGCAGCUGAGCCAAGAGAACUUUUGCAAGUUCGCCAUGGCGGAGGGGCUUGGCCGUUGCGUCUACGAGUGCCAGAAGCUGUUCCAACACUUGUCCGGCAACGGCAGCGAGGUCUCCGUGGAGGAGCUGAGUGCCGUGAUGCGUGGGCAUCUGCCACCUGCUCGUGCUGCCUUGGUCCACGAGACUUGGGCGUCCUUGGACCCGGAAGGGUUGGGACACCUCGAGGUGCAGGAGUUCCUGCGGCGCUUCGACGUGCGGCGCCUGCCGGACGUGCGCUUCGGGCGAGAAGAGCUGGAGGCGGCGCGGUGCAAGCUUCUAGAAGGUCUUGGAUGUCAUGUCCCCAGGCGCGCGUCCAUCCGUGGCGCCAGGCCGGCAGGUGUACCGUGCGUGCGGAAGGGUGGGAAGCUUGCCGAGCACCGUGGAGUUGAGGCGGAGAGUGAGAGCUGGGUCACCUGGGAAGCCUGGGAGGCCUACUUCACCACCUUGUCCGUCGGGAUCAUGGAUGAGGAAGUCUUUGCGAAGACACUACAAGAUCCCUUGCAGACCUACCAGAUGUAUGGCAAGAUGCAAGCGCAACGCUUGAUCACGCAGCCCGUCGAACGGUCCAACCACUGCAACCUCAGAGUGCUGGGCCUCUUCGCCGAUGGCUCCCGCAAGCUGCUCACGCUGCGCGAUGACCAGGGCCUCGAAGCCCUGGCCGGGCGCGCUGGGUGUGGGGACGGGCAAUUCUGGACGUGGGGCCCCAAAGUGCAGCAGGAGGUCCUGCGGCGCCUCCAGGCUGAGGGCUACCACGACCUGCAAUCAGUGACACUGAGACCCACCUGAGGCAAGCGAGACAAGCGACCAGCUUCUCAGCGCCAAUCCAUCCAGACUGAUCGCCGCAAAAGCCUCAAGGCCUCAGCGAGCAUGGAAACAUGGAGCAUUUAGCCAUACUAAGCUUUGUUUAGUUUAAUCUUUCUUUAAGUGAACAUCUAGCUGUGGUGAAAGACUGCCAUGGCACUGCUAAUGCCCUAGCACAGCAUAGACAAGAUGUCCGUGCUGAAAUGGCUGGCAUGGAAGUAGUCCUUGGCCUCCAUCAUGAUGUUUGUGGGUGUGCUGAAAA